UGUCAUGGUUCUCAAAUGCAAUGUCACUCAAGGCGGAUGUGAGCGGAUCUUACAGGUGUAUUGCCAAUUUAGCCAGAGUUCGAGAAGAAACACCUGGAAUCAUCAUGUGAUCCUGUACCUGGGCGUGGAGAAAGUCCCUGUUAUUUUCUGGACUCUUGUUGAGUGUCGUCUUUCCGUAGGAAUUGUCAACCAGUGCGUGCCCCACUGUAUUUUCUAAGGAACGGUGCCUUUCUGUAACCCUUUCCGCGCGAAUUCAGGAAGAGUAAAAUGUGAACUUUACAUGCAUUUUGCUUGGGGGUUAUUUUUAAUUUUUAGGGGGACUUUGAAACCCAACGGCUUGUGUUUGUGCAACUAUACUGUUCUUCCAAGCACUUCUUUACUGUGGCCACCCUGGAGAGGCCUGAAUAAACAGGAGAGCAGACGACGAAGGGAUAUGAUUGUGGACUUCCUGCUUGGCAACUACAGGAAGUAAUUGAGCUCUACAGGAAAGAUGACAAGCUGGGUCCAGGCCGCUCUUCUUCUCCUCUGUCUCCUCCUGUUAUGCCUGUCUGCAACCGGGAACCAGCUGCAGGAGGAGGCGCUCCUGGACUUCUCCUCCAUAACGCCCAUCAACAACGUGGUUCAGGACCCCCGCAGCGGGCGCGUCUACCUGGGUGCCGUCAACACCAUCUACCAGCUGGAUGAGGCGCUGCGUGAAGAGGCCCGCACCGUGACUGGCCCCAAGGAGGAUGCCCGCACCUGCACCCCGCCUGUCUCCACUCCGUACUGCCAGGACACCAAGCCCAGCCCUAAUGUCAACAAGCUGCUGCUGGUGCACCCAUCCAACGGCUCACUGAUCGUCUGUGGGUCCCGCUACCGGGGAAUCUGUUCCCUCCUCAACCUGAGCAACGUGGAGCAGCAACUGUACUACAGUGACUCUAAGGGGGAGAGGACUUAUGUGGCUAGCAUAGAGGACGGUGUAGCCGUGGUGGCCGUCAUGUCUACAUACAUUAAUAAAGACGGCAACACCUUUAAUGUGUUUCUGGUGGGAAAGGGCUACGGCAGCCUGGACAGCUCCAAACUCAUCAGCACACGCAUCCUCCAGGACUACCGCGACUGGGUGGUAUUCGAGAGCAUCAUCGAGGCGUCCACCGUGCAGGCAACACCCUUCGUGCCCAAGUACCUGCAUGACUUCCGCCACGCCUUCAAGGAGGAGGGCUUUGUCUACUUCCUGUUCUCCAGGACCAUGGGAAGCACCGAUAACAAGAACUUCACCUUUGUGUCUCGACUGUGUGAGGACGACCCUCACUACUACUCUUACACAGAGCUGCAGCUCAACUGUGGCCCGGGGAACAGGUACAACAAGGUGCAGGCAGCCUAUGUGGCAUCCCCAGGUAAAGAGCUGGCCCGGGGGAUGACAGAGUCGGGUCAGUAUGGUAAGGUCCUCGCCUGGCACAAGGUGCUGUUCAUGGUGGCCAGCCCGGAUGACGACGGCGCCGAUUCGGCCCUGUGCAUGUACCCUCUAAACACCAUCAAUGAGAGGCUGGUGGACAUAAUCAGUGCCUGCUACAGCGACUCGGGCAAGAUCGCAGGCAUCCCAGCUGUGGACAUCCCCUACUCCUACAAGACAGACGAGUUCUGCACCUCCCAUAUCGACAAAGACACUCUGAACAACUAUAAGUGUGGGGCAGACUUCCUUCCCUCUCCACUGGCCAGUAAGCCAGAGUUUGCCCAGCAGGCGAAGGCGGUCAUCAUCAGGAGGGGCCUGCUGACCGCUGUGGCCAUCGCUGUGGAGAAUGACCACACUAUCGCCUUCCUGGGGAACAGCUUGGGGGAGGUGUACAAGGUUCAUCUGACUGCCAACCCAGAGGUGUACAGUCAAGUGCCAGGGGACACCACAGGGAAACGCGUCAACAAAAAACUCUUCUUUGACACUAGCCACAGCCACCUGUAUAUCACCACUGAGAAAAAGAUCACCAAGGUGCCAGUGCAGACAUGCCAUCUGAAAACAGACUGCCAGUCCUGUGUGUCGCCAUGGGACCCCUACUGUGGCUGGUGUGUUCUGGAGGGCAGGUGUACCAGGAGGUCUGAUUGCCGGCGAGCGGAGGAGAAGAACGGCUGGUUGUGGAGCCCCAAGCAGCAGUGUGUGAAGAUCGUGUCCUUCAACCCACCCAACCUCAGCUGCAAAAGGACCCAGCAGGUGGAGAUCAACGUGCCCUCCCUCCCCUCCUUCGGGCAGGCAGACCGUCUGUGCUGUGUGUUCCCCUCCUAUAUGAGUGACGCCACCAUGUCCUCUGGCCAGGUCACUUGUGCCCUGCCCAACCCUGUCUCCUUACCAUCCACACCUGAACACCAGGAUUUCGUGGCGGUGCCCAUUAAGAUCUUUGUGAACGAGUCAGUGGAGCUGGCCACCAGGGAGUUCAAUUUCUACAACUGUUCAGCCACUGUGAGGAAAGCAGAGAGCACACCAUGUUUGUCAUGUGUGGCCAGCCCAUGGGGCUGCCAGUGGAACACCCAGGACCACACCUGCCGGGACAAGGAGGACACUGUGUUGGGCCCUCAAAUCAUCAAACACAGACAGGGGGCAAGAUGUCCCCAGUUCGAGAACCCGGAUCCUGUGCUCAUUCCUGUGGGGUUCAAAACCACCAUCGGCUUCGAGGGCAUCAACCUGGAUGUUUACCAGGACCGGGUGUUCACCAUCGGCACAGAGCUGAUGAGUAACAUGGAGGAGGACGUCAGGUCUGAAGAUGGCCCCUUCUACAGCUUCCGCGGUUUUAACUUUUCCUUGGAUAAGUCACAGGAGACCAACGUUCUGUUCUACGUGAAGGACAAACAGACGGGCAAGAAAAUAGACAGCACACUGAAUGUGACCCUAUAUAGCUGCUCGCUGGGCCGUGAGGACUGCAGCCUGUGUAAGAACGCUGACCCUAAGUACAGGUGUGUGUGGUGUGUCAAAAGGAAGUCGUGCGUCUAUGAGAAGCUGUGUACUAAUGACCAGGGUACAGAGUGCCCUGACCCACACAUCACUGACAUCAUCCCUCGCUACGGGCCCGUGAGGGGGGGCAUCUCUGUCACCAUCAAGGGCUCCAACCUGGGCAUCCACAAGGGGGACAUCAAGGCCAUCAGUGUGGUGGGGGUCCCCUGUAUACAUCAGGAGAACAAAUACGCCGUCUCCACCAGCGUGGUGUGUGAGAUCGGGCCCUUGAAACCCCUGAGUACAAACUCGGGCCAGGUGGAGGUGGAGGUAGAGGGAGGGAAGAGAGGAACGUCAUCUGCUUUCUUCACAUACCGGGACCCCAUCGCCCGCUCGGUUCACCCCGCCAACGGCGCCAAGGCCGGGGGGACGGUCAUCACCAUCUCUGGUUUCAACCUGGACACAGCCACCAGGGAGGACAUUGCCGUCACCGUUGGGGGGGUGGUGUGCACUGUGGAGACGUUUGGUGCAGCCAUCACCUGCAGGAUGGGAGAGUACCGGGCGGAUAAGGUCCCCUCUGACCUGCUCACAGUGACAGUAAAGUAUGGGAAGAGAACCACCACAGCCGUCCCCACAGCCUUCCAGUUCUGGGAGAACCCCACUAUCCUGGACCACCACCCCAAGGGAAGCUUUGUGUGCGGUGGGAGGACCAUCGUGGUGACUGGAUCUGGGUUUGACCUAAUUCAGAACGCCAUCAUGAGGGUCCAGGCCUCGGCUGACAAGUGGUCCGGCAUAACUCCUACUGAGUACCUCCAGGAGGCUCUGAGUAAGAACAACACGGUAAUCCAGUUCCUGACCCCGGCCGUCAACAGGUCCUCUGAGACCCAUUUGUUCAGGACCUUCAUCCAGCUGGACAACUGGGGGAGGGAGCUCAAGCCCUUCGACUACCACCCUGACCCUGCCUUCGACCCCCUCACCAAGAAGAUCAUCACUGAGACCUCCAUCAUUGUCGUCACUGGUCGAGGUUUUGAAAAAGCCAUGACAGCCAAAGAGGCCCAGGCGUUUGUGGGGGAUGUCCCGUGCUAUGUCAACGCCCUCCAGGAUGACAAGCUGUUCUUGGAUCCCCCGUCGAGCCAGCCCCAGGCCCGCUCCAAACGCCACCGCAGACGCAGAGACACCAGCUCCGACACAUUGGACCUGCUGAUUAAGUUUGGGAAUGGCGAGUGGGUGGUGGGCUCUGUGCACUACGAGAGCAAUAAUGAGGUUCCUCUCUUCAUCAUCAUCCCUGCUGUCAUCAUCCCCAUGCUGCUCAUCAUCCUCGUCUCCGUCUACUGCUACAGGAGGAAGAGCCAGCAGGCUGAAAGAGAGUAUGAGAAGGUGAAACACCAACUGGAGAAUUUGGAGGAGAGUGUACGAGACCGCUGCAAGAAAGAGUUCACAGACCUGAUGAUAGAGAUGGAGGACCAUACCAACGAACUGAGCGAGGGGCGAAUCCCCUUCCUGGACUAUAAGACCUACACGGACCGCGUCUUCUUCCUGCCCUCCAAGGACGGGGCCAAUGAUGUGAUGAUCACGGGCAAGCUGGACAUCCCUGAGGCACGGAAGGCCAUCGUGGGCCAGGCCCUCAACCAGUUCUCUAACCUGCUUAACUCCAAGACCUUUCUCAUCAAUUUCAUCAAGACCUUGGAAGGACGUCCAGACUUCAACGCCCGGGCCAAGGUGUACUUUGCAUCCCUGCUGACGGUGGCUCUGCAUGGGAAGCUGGAGUACUACACGGACAUCAUGAGGACCAUGCUGCUGGAACUCAUGGGGAACUAUGUCGACAGCAAGAACCCCAAACUCAUGCUGCGCAGGUCAGAGACAGUGGUGGAGAGGAUGCUGUGUAAUUGGAUGUCCAUCUGUCUUUACCAGUUCCUCAAGGACUCAGCAGGGGAACCCCUGUACAAGCUGUUCAGGGCCAUCAAGCAUCAGACAGAGAAGGGUCCAGUAGACGCCAGAGUGAAGAAGGCCAAGUACACCCUGAAUGACACGGGCCUGCUUGGAGACGACGUGGAGUACUGCGUCCUGACUCUGCAGGUGCUGGUGCACGGGGAGGGGCCAGACGUGACGCCCGUCAAGGUGUUGAACUGUGACACGGUGUCUCAGGUGAAGGAAAAGAUCAUCGAGGCGGUGUACAGGAACCUGCCCUACUCACAGAGACCCAAAGUGGACAGCGUCAGUCUGGAGUGGCGUCCUGGUUCCACAGGGCAGAUCCUGUCAGACCUGGACCUGACAUCCCAGAAGGAGGGCAGGUGGAGGCGCAUCAACACACUGGCCCACUACAACGUGCGAGACAAUGCUACUCUAGUCCUGUCCAUAGUUCUUCAUACUCAACAGAACUAUGACCAGAACCAGGAUAACCAAGAGGAGAGAAACGCCCUGUUGGAGGAUGACAAGGUGUUCCACCUGGUUCGGCCUGAUGAGCUGGAUGAGAUGAAGUCCAAGAGGGGCAGCAUGAAGGACAAGUCCAUGACCAAAGCCAUCACUGAGAUCUAUCUCACACGACUGCUCUCUGUCAAGGGAACCCUGCAACAGUUUGUGGAUGACUUCUUCCGCAGCGUUUUGUGUUCCGGGUCGGUGGUGCCACCCGCCAUCAAGUACUUCUUUGACUUCCUGGACGAGCAGGCCCUCAAACAUGACAACGUGGACGAGGAGACCGUACACAUCUGGAAGACCAACAGCUUGCCUCUGAGGUUCUGGGUGAACAUCCUGAAGAACCCUCACUUCACCUUCGACGUCCACGUGACAGAGGUGGUGGAUGCCUCGCUGUCUGUCAUCGCUCAGACCUUCAUGGACGCCUGCACCAAGACAGAGCACAAACUCAGCCGAGACUCUCCAAGUAACAAGCUACUCUAUGCAAAGGAGAUCUCCACCUACAAGAAGAUGGUCGAUGAUUACUACAAGGGCAUCAGACAGAUGGUAUCAGUCAGCGACCAGGACAUGAACACUCAUCUGGCAGAGGUGUCUCGGACUCAUACAGACAAACUCAACACACAAGUGGCUCUGCAUCAGCUCUACCAGUACGCCAGCAAAUACUACGACGGGAUCAUCCAGUCCCUAGAUGAGGACCCGGCAGCCCAGAGUAAACAGCUCACCCUACGGCUUCAGCGGAUAGCAGCCGCCCUUGAGAAUAAAGUGACAGACCUCUAACCCACUGGAGGAGCCAGGGAGACGGAGAGGGAGGGAUGGAGGGAGAUGGUACCGUGCCACCAGUGUCCACAGGGGCUUAUUUAUCCUGGCGGAGGAGAAAGAAACAGAGAAAGGGGUCCCGCAAGGCCUUGAUGUUGACACCUUCAACCCAGCAGGCCCAGAAUGUGGGACAGAUCAGAGUCUGCAGAGUGGAACAGAAUAGGACCAAUGAAACAAAGACAGAUCAGAGUCUGCAGAGUGGAACAGAAUAGGACCAAUGAAACAAAGACAGAGAGAUGAUGAUGGGUUACACAUGUCAUCAUCCUGUAGGGACGCCUUAACUCAAGUCCACUUGCCAAACAGAAAUAAUUGGUCCUUAACACUCACUCUGGCUGUUCCCACAAUGGAACAGGUGGCCAGCCCUGGGAAAUAAGCCCCUGUGUUGAACACUGCUUGGCACAAGGAGAUAAUCAGAUGUUCAAUUUCAUCCUGUCUAGAAAAGUUGUAAGAAUUGUAUUAUAUUUUUUUUAUUGUGCAGUCUUUAUGCGGAAAGCUUUAUAAGGAGAAAUUAUCUUUUAAAAUGGACUGCCUUGUGGUGUGUAUUGUGUUUCUAUAGCCUGUGUGUGUGUGUGUGUGUGUGUGUGUGUGUGUGUGUGUGUGUGUGUGCGUGCGUGCGUGCGUGCGUGCGUGCGCGCGCGCGCGCGUGCAUGCACGGAAUGCCUACUGUCAGGCCAGAGGGUGGAUGCCAUAUCUGUUAUUUUAAUCUCAACUAGUCACUGACACACAGGAGCCCGUUCUCCCACUGAGCUCCUCUACACAGACCAAAUGGUCAGGCUAACUAUACACUUCUUGAAAAUGACAGGCCGACUAGUGACAGGUCGACUUGUGACAGGCCUACUAGUGACAGGUCGACUUGUGACAGGCCUACUAGUGACAGGCCGACUAAUGAUUUUCCAAAUUAUCGGUUUUAAUUGUAUUUUUAUUUUGAUUCACAUGCUUCAUAGCUCGAUGGCAGGGUUUGGUUGCCAAUACGCCCUCACACUCAAACAUCCAUAACACUGCUAUUUCCCCUUGUUGGAGUACAUUCUCACACAUUCUACUGGAACCUCAGUUAGUUUUGACCUCCAGUUUAUAAUGUUUUAUCUUUUUAAGCUAAAUAUCUCCCAAAUCAUUUAAUAUAUUUUGAAAAGCAUAAAAUGACAUUUUAAGUCAGGCGAAUUACAUUUGACUCUGUAGCCAGUCAAGCAAACAUCCUGCAAUAACAUACCAUUUUUUAGACGCGAGACAUUGGGAUAUCAUUAAUCUCCCAUUCAUAUGUUUUACUUUAUAGAAUAUAGAAUUUGUUGUUUACCAUUUCAUCUACACUAGUGAAGCAGCAAUACUUUAGUACUUGAGUGAAAAUAUACUGAGAAGGAAAUAUAAAUAAUAUGACAGCAGAUAUAUUAUAGUAGCUAACUUACUAAGUAAUAUGACCAUGAUGUUACAAGCUGUUCAUAGUGUUUUGUGUUUCCUUAUUCUAUGCCAAAUUACUAUUAAUAUCCCAUUUUGUAAGCUCCUACUAAGUGGAAAUCGUACACUUUUAAAUGAAUAAUGAUUUUUACAACAUGCGCCAUUGUUGGUAUGAUGUGGCACAAGUCAGGUUAAUUUAUGUACAGUGCCAGUCAAAUGUUUGGACCCACCUACUCAUUCCAGGGUUUUUCUUUAUUUUUACUAUUUUAUUCAUGGUAGAAUAAUAGUGAAGACAUCAAAACUAAGAAAUAACAUCUAUGGAAUCAUGUAGUAACCACAAAAGGGUUCAACAUUUAAAUUAACAGGUGUGCCUUGUUAAAAGUUAAUUUGUGGAAUUUCUCUCCUUUGAGCCAAUCAGUUAUGUUGUGACAUGGUAGGGGUGGUACAGAAGAUAAAUCUAUUUGGUAAAAUACCAAGUUCAUAUUAUGGCAAGAACAGCUCAAAUAAUCAAAGAGAAAUGACAGUCCAUCAUUACUUUAAGACAUGAAGGUCAGUCAAUCUGGAACAUUUCAAUAAUUUUUAAAGUUUCUUCUAGUGCAAAACUAUGAAGCUCUAUGAUGAAACUGGCUCUCAUGAGGACCGACCACAGGAAAGGAAGACCCAGAGUUACCUCUGCUGCAGAGUUUAAGUUCAUUAGAGUUACUAGCCUCAGAUAUUGCAGCCCAAAUAAACACUUCACAAAGUCCAAGUAACAGACACAUCUCAACAUCAAUUGUUCAGAGGAAACUGCAUGAAUCAGGCCUUCAUGGUCUAAUUGCUGCAAAGAAACCACUACUAAAGGACACCAAUAAGAAGAAGAGACUUGCUUGGCCCAAGAAACACAAGCAAUGGACAUUAGACCGGUGGGAAUCUGUCCUUUGGUCUGAUGAGUCCAAAUGUGAGAUUUUUUGGUUCCAACUGCCGUGUUUAUGUGAGACACAGAGUAGGUGAGCGGUUGAUCUCCGCAUGUGUAGUUCCCACUGUGAAGCAUGGAGGAGGAGGUGUGAUGGUGUGGGGGUGCUUUGCUGGUGAUACUGUCAGUGAUUUAUUUAGAAUUUAAGGCACACUUAACCAGCAUGGCUACAACAGCAUUCUGCAGUGAGACUGUUGGAAAAGCAUUCCGGGUGAAGCUGGUUGAGAGAAUGCCAAGAGUGUGCAAAGCUGUCAAGGGAAAGGGUGGCUACUUUGAAGAAUCUCAAAUAUAAAAUAUAUUUUGAUUUGUUUAACACUUUUUUGGUUAAUAUGUGAUUCUAUAGGUGUUAUUUCAUAGUUUUGAUGUCUUCACUAUUAUUCUACUAAUGUAGAAAAUAGUAAAAAAUAAAGGAAAAUCCUUGCAUGAGUAGGUGUGUUCAUACUUUUGACUGGUACUGUACAUAAUAAUGAAUUGCAAUACACCUUGAUAUGACAUUCUAUAGCCCAUAGUUGAGUUGCUGCCUGUUCUGAUUUCAUCAUUGUUUUAGUGGAUCAUUUUUGCCAAUUCAAAUGUGUUAUCCUGCACCUUGUUCAGGGGCGGUUUUAAUUUUCCUCUUACACCAUUGACUACAGAUUGUUUUAUUUACAAGCUCCCUGAAUUUGACCGUCAGUCAAUGUGUGGUCAAGUGUCAGAUUAGAUGUUUGCAUUCCCGAUCCCAGAAUGUUAAUGAUAUUCCUGCCUUUGGUAGAGUGAGAUUUGUACAAAGCAGCUAGCGGGCAACCUGGCCAAGCUGCACUUGCACUGCCCACUCAGCACAGAACGGAGUGUCACUUAGCAUAAUGGCAUCAGCGGGGGAUGUUUUUGAUCUUAAUUGCAUGCAGACUGCAGACUGCAUCCACCUCUAACGCUGUUGUUGUUUACCACAGCAGAUUCCACGUCUGCUAGAGUGAUGAAAAAGCUUAGUGCAAGCCUUUCUUUAACAUGUGCCUUAUAUGACGAUGAUAUCAUUUGUAUUGUUCUAUUGGUGAGUAUAACGAAACGAUUAUAGUUAUAGAAGACACAGCAAUGUAUUUGCGAGUGUGAUAUGUAUAUGCUGUCAAAUGCUAGAACUCUGCGGCAGCCAUUGGGUGUCAACAGGCUAAACACAUUUCAGAAUCAUUUCUAUGGUUGCAGAUAUAAUGUGUGCAUUUAUUUUGGGUGUCUGUGUUGUAUGCUUAUAGUAGGACUAUGGUGGCUAUGGCAACAGCCCAAAUAAACAAAUGUAAAGCAGUGGCCAACCUGAGACGGUUUUCCCCUAAAAUGUCUGGCAUUCCUAAAUUAGUCUUGAGACAAAGUGACAAAUGUAGAGAGUAUUGAGUAUAGCGCAAUAUGUUCCAAUGGUGUUUUUUGCCCCGUGAUUCUGUGUAUGAAAAACGACUAUCUAUACUCAACAAUUAACUUUCUUACUGCUGUGCAGUUAUUUUUAUUUCCUGUUUCCUAUAACAUAUACAUACCUUUGUAAAAAUAAAAACAUGUUGACAUACUGUAUUCUAACUGUAUAACCCUAUGCAUUGAGUCCUGGUUUGUUGUGCUGUCGUCCAGAUCUUUUACGUGUGAAUGUGCUGUGACAUAAGAAAAAUGGGACAGUAAAUUAGUGCGGGACCUUAAUGAAACACAACAGCUCAGAAGACAUCGAUCCAGUACCUCAUCUGUUUGUAAUGGGUUACUCACUUCUCAGAGGCUUGUGUGGAUGAAGCAAUUACAUACAGAUUGCAUCAUGCACUCCUCCAUUAAUAAACUGACACUUCCAUGUC